AUGAUAGAUCAAAAGUUUGAUCUCAACACUUGUGUCUCCUUGCCGACGAGAUAUGGCUACCUCUGUAUUGUAGAAGUUGAUCGCAAAUCAAGUGACUUCGGAGAGAAGAAAGAAAGCGGUUUGGAAGAAAAGAAAACUUCGCUUCUUGGAGAGAGUUCCUCAGAAAAAUUGGUUGUAAAACGUGCUCCCAGAUUAAGUGUCUUCGGAGAUCCUAGAGGUACAGCAUGCUCACGGUCUGAGUUACUCAAAAAAAGAAGAGAAAGCGGUUUGGAAGAAAAGAAAACUUCGCUUCUUGGAGAGAGUUCCUCAGAAAAAUUGGUUGCAAAACGUGCUCCCAGAUCAAGUGGUUCCGGAGAGAAGAAAGAAGGUGGAUUUAGAUCCGGCGACUUCGGAGAGAAGAAAGGUUGGAGAAUCGUAAAGCUGAUUGAGCUUUUCGAGUUUGGCUUAGCGACUAUGUUUUCUGGAAGUGAAAAAAAAAAAAAACGUGAUCCCAGAUUCAGUGACUUUGCAGGAAGGAUAGAGAGUGGAUUUAGAUCCGGCGACUUCGGAGAGAAGAAAGAAAGCAGUUCUGGAGAAAAGAAAAGUUCACUUCUUAGAGAGAGUUCCUCAGAAAAAUUGGUUGCAAAACGUGCNAGAGUUCCUCAGAAAAAUUGGUUGCAAAACGUGCUCCCAGAUCAAGUGUCUUCGGAGAUCCUAGAGAUGUUGGCUUCAGAUCCAGCGUCUUCGCAAAAAACAGAGAUAGCGUCUUUGGUGGAGGAAGAGGUGGAGCUUUUGGAUCCAGUGGCUUUGAAGAAAGAAGAGAGUUCCUCAGAAAAAUUGGUUGCAAAACGUGCUCCCAGAUCAAGUGUCUUCGGAGAGAAGGAAGAGAAGGUAUUUGGAUCCGUCAGCUCCGAAGACGACGAAGAGAAUGCAUUUGGAUCCGUCAGCUCCGAAGAGGACAAUGAAGUUGGUUUCGGAUCCGUCACCUCUGAAGAGGACGAAGAGGGUGGAUUCGAAUCCUGCGGCUUAGGAGAGAAGAAAGAAGGUGGGUUUGAAUCCGUCACUGCCGAAAAGGACGAACGUUUGGUUCUAGUUAUCUCGAUGAGUUAUCUUCAAUCCGUUGGCUCCCGAGAGAAGAAAUUUUUGAGAAUCGUGAAACUUUAUCGUGAAGUUCCUGGUUUAGAAGACUGUUUUGGAGAGAAGAAAGAAGAUGGUUUCGGAUCGGGAGGAUUAGGAGAGAAAAGAGAUGGCGAUUUCGGCGCUAGAAGAGAGCAAGAAUUCGGUGUCGGAGGAUUUGGAGAUGGAAAAUCAAUUCUGAUGUCGGCGUGUUUUGGCAGUUUGGAUGCGGAUCAGUUUCACUGGUUUGAGUCUACGGGCCUUGAAAGUGAUCGUAGCAGAUUUCUUUACUUCCCUAUUCAAGAAAUUGUAGACAUCGUGGAGAACGGACAUUGCGUGGCUUGCUCCUGGUACAAUUCACCCAAGACGAAGUUCGGCUGUUCUUUCACCGAAAAGUUUAUAAUUCCCUUCCUGUUUAGAUUCUGCCCCUAUUGCUCCGAGAGAUGGUGCGAAUCCAAUCAGUGCAUCUCGUCUCUUUUGAACGAAUUUGUCCUCCAUGCAGAGAUAAAAGGACCAGGUUCUGGUUAUUCUCUGCGUAGCUGA